AUGCAUCAUGAGCAUAUCAUGACUGCAUUGAAGGCCGGAAAGGCCUGUCUCACAGAGAAGCCCAUCGCUGACAACCAGAAGGAACUCCAGGAGCUCAUUGAUUACGUUAAAACCGUAGAAGUGCCCUUUCGUGUUGGGUAUCAGCGUAGAACUGAUCCCAAUUUCCGUGUACUAAAGCAACAGAUAGAAAUGGGUAGAGUUGGGGAGCCUCGCAUUAUCAAUUGUACUUCUCGCGACAAUCCGGAACCUCCUAUGGAGUACUUGGAGGUCUCUGGAGGUAUAUUCCACGAUAUGCUCACUCAUGACUUCGACAUGAUACAUUUCCUCACCGGUCAAAUACCAGAGUCUGUGUAUUCCAUUGGGCAUGCCUACAACCCCAAGAUCAAGGCUAUGGAUGAUGUAGAUACGGCUAUGGUGACGUUGAAAUAUCCCAACGGUCUGCUUGCCACUGUUAACACAAGUCGCAUUGCUCCAUACGGCUAUGACCAACGCGUUGAGGUCUUUGGGCCCAAGGGCAUGGUGACCGCUGAAAAUCAGCGGGAGUCUACUGUUACAGUAGCGACCGAUCUAGGUUACCAGAGUGCUAGAGCUGACUACAGUUUCCCUGAGAGAUACCCUGCGGCCUAUCUCGAGAGUGAUGCUCAGUUCAUCAAAAUGGUCAUUGAAAAGACGAAGGAAGAUCCAGCUGAGAACGAUCGAUUCGUUCUCCUCGACAAGGUUGCUCGUGCUGCCGAGAAGUCCCUUCACGAGAACCGCGUUGUUCUCCUAACUGAGUUCGGAAACUAA